GAUUUUUUUUUUGCUUUCUCCAUACGUUAAUAUGUAAACAAAAGGAAAAACGGAUCGGGUGGGUGGACAAGCGAAAAGGCCAAUCGGUGGAAACUCUCGCUAGCAGCUGUUUGUUGCUGGUGCUGUUGGUUGGCGUUUCGAGAAAAAGUUGAACAUCCGAAGCAACAGUUUAGUGCGCUAAGUGUGUGAUGUGUGCUGGCCAGUAGUCAUGUUUUCCGUGUUUAAGAAGCUAACGAACAAAAACGAUGGCCCUGCCGUAUCGAUACCGGAGUCCGUCGGGCAGACGAUGUCUGAUUCGCUUAAGAAGCGAUUUUCCCGUGGCGUUCAGUACAACAUGAAAGUCGUUAUCAAGGGCGAUCGGAACGUUGGUAAAUCUUGUCUGCUAGAGCGUUUGCAGGGAAAAGCCUUCAUCGAGCAGUACACUCCCACGGAGCAGAUCCAGGUCGCCAGCAUCCAGUGGUCGUUCAAAGCGACGGACGAUGUCGUUAAGGUGGAGGUAUGGGACGUGGUGGAUCGUGGAAAAUCGAAGCAAAAAAGUACCAACCUGAAGCUUACGACGGCUGGACCGGGUGCGGAACCGGACGUCCCCGUGCUGGAUGCGGAGUUUCUCGACGUGUACAAGGGCACACACUGUGUCGUGAUGGUGAUGGACAUAACGAAAGCAUGGACGUUCGAUUACGUUUGUCGCGAACUGCCGAAGGUACCGACGGACAUACCGGUGCUGCUGCUUGGCAAUCACUGUGAUAUGGGCCACCAUCGCGUGAUUACGGCGGAACAGGUGCACGGGUUCGUCGAAACGGCCAGCCAGGAACGAAAGGCCGAAAUCGUGUACGGCGACAGUUCGAUGCGAAACGGGUUCGGGUUGCGGCUACUGCACAAAUUCUUCGGCAUUCCGUUCCUCUACCUGCAGAAGAGUGCCCUCGAAGCGUCGUUAAGGAAAAACGCACAGGAUCUCGACAUCUGCCGGUUGGAGAUCGACGAGUAUCAGAAAUCAGACGAUUCUGACUAUGGUCGCUUCCUGGACAAUCUCAUCAGCAAAAAGAAGGCACGGGAAAACACCACAAACGCCCCGACCAGCCCUACAGAUCCAUCCGUAAUUCGUCCGACGAAAAGCAUUAUACUCGGCGGAGGCCACCCAAUCAUCGUACCGGAUCGGAAUUCGCAUCUGGCCGUUGCAUCAACGACGGCCAUCAACACAACCAAGCUCAAUCCACAGCGCCAGCAGGAACAACAACCGGUCCGCAACGCUACCAUGGCCACACUGUCGUCCGAUAUGGGUUUCGGGAAGAUCGACAAUGUGGAUGAGUUUUGUCCGGACGGUGGUGUGUUGGAUAAGUCGUUCCUCGAGGAUACGGUGGACGUUGGUACGGGGCGUCAAUCGUCCUCGUUUGCACCGCCAGUCGAAAGUGAUGAGGAUGAAGACGAUCGUCACAAUCCGCUCGUGUCGAGGUUCGAUGAUGAAGAUCCUGGUGGUGAUCAAGCGAUCGAACCACCGGAUACAUCCGGAAAGGCAUCAAUCGCUGUGAAAAGCUUGACGCCGGGCUUACAGACAUUAAAUCCGGUUCGAAGUGAAACGGAUCGUGCUGCCAGUUAUAAUGACCCGGAGAUGGCUGGGGAAGAAACACCGGAGGAGGAUGAUAGCGAACGGAAGCUUUCGCUGCUGAGUGUCGAGCUGGAAGUGGGCCGUAUUACACCGGGUGUGGAGAAAGGGAAGCUAAACCUGAACUACGAAGGUUGGUCCAUGAUCGACACGAAGGAACGUCGAUCGCCGGAAGGUGGUGAAGAUGUCGUUUCCACCUCAUCCGUAAGCCGGUCAAAAAGUUCAUCGGAGAAAAAGUCAAAGGAUAAAGACAAAAAGCACAAGAAGAAAAAGUCGAGCAAAGACAGGGAGGACAGUGGCGGGGGCCGUAGCAGCAGUGACGGGAAGCAUCAUCAUCAUCGGAGCAGCAAACGCAAAACCAACGUCGAUGAGUUCCUGAAGGAGAUGCAAUCGAAUGUGGUGGGUCCGUACGAUGGCGAUGGCACUACUGCAGUGGACGAUGCUUAUGAAGCGCUUUGAGAUUACUGAACCUGUUGCUCCCGGUUCUGGGCGAAUUUAUGGCUCUUAUAAUUCCACUAUAAUUGUUAAGCUUCUCUUAUUAAACACUACACUCCGGAACGCGUGGCAUGCCGAUUCAGGCCGCUAGCAGGCGAACUGCGCAUGGCAGGAGGAGGAACUACAAAGUUUACUAAAAAUAUAUAUAACAACACGUUUUAACCAAGUCA